GGGUCCGGGACGGCGGGGCCUCCGCAGGGCUCCUGGCCCUCGGUGACCUCGGCUGAGACCGCGAGCCGCGUGGCGGAAAGCGGAGGAACUCCCGUCCGGCCCUGGAGCCGCCCGCGCCGCCCGGAGUCACCCGCCGCCCCUUCGCGUCCGGGCGCUCCAGCCGCGGGGCCCCGAAGGCUCCCCGUCCCUGGCCUCCCCUGCUGGGUUCGGGGCGGUUGGCCGUGGACGCGCCCCGAGUCCAGUCCCUUCCGUCCAGCCGCCCGCCCCAGGAUGUCCCGCCACCGCAGCCCUGCAGUGGCCAGGAGGUGUGGGCGGCCACGCCGGAGGGACCCACGGCGGCGCCGGACGCCCGCCCUUCCUAGGCCCUGGCCUGGCCGGGGUGGGCCGGGACGUUCCCUGUUGCACAGGCAUUUAUUUAUUCAGCAGCCUACGUGCUGGCCGGCACUGCCGAGGGACAGGACGCCUGACCCAGGCGGGACAAUGCCGUGUGCAGCGCUGGCGGGGCCUGGACCCCAAGCUUCAGGGUCCCCAGCCCCUCAGUCAGAGGGGGCACCUCCCAGGCCCUGGACUCCUCUCCAGCCGGGUCUACACCACCGUCCCCCGUCAUCUUCUUCUGGGUUACUAAGCAGCUUCUUUUAA